CUUACUGCUGCGGAACGAUAUCUGGGGCAUUUGAACAUGAAAAUGCAAUAGUUGUAUUUGUUGUCCAUCAAAUAGAGAGCGAAAGAACUUUUCUAAGAGUAGUACUGUAAGAAGUUGUAUCAGGGUAUGGCAGCUGCUCUCUCCUCGGUGCGUGUCACCGUUUUUCUUGUUGUCGUCUUCGUCUGCUUGAAAGUCAACGCAGCAGACGCAUUUUCAAACGAAAUUCUUCGACAUGUAAGAUGUCGCAGACAGAACUGUGUCGUGAGAAGUCCUUUUGUGCAAUGUCGAAUGGUGCGCAACGUCGACCAGGUAGAAGCACUGAUUUUCUAUGGCACCAACAGCAUUUUUUAUCCAAAAUCGAAAGAAACGAAGAACCAGGACACAAUGGCAUUUUUGCCAGGUGUAGAAGACCUGAUCGAGGAAUGCAAGCGUGACGAGACGGCAGUCCUUGCGAUUCUUGACGAUCACGGUGGCACAGAAAAUUUGCCCCGGGAAGCCGACAUUGUUUACUCGACCGAGACAGCUCCACCGCCCAAUCCCCGUGAUUUGUGGAACACCAUUCAUUCGAUCGAGAUCAGUCCUAAAGGCUUUGGCGGAUCGUCUGGUUUCGGUCAAAAGGCACCAGAUCCGGAACGAUCCCCUGCGCCUGCACACUGUGUCAUCCUGUGUGAUACUGAGGACAAAUGCCGAGCGGCACGAUUUGCGGGAACGCGCGUCUUGUGCCUAACAGAAAAUGAUCUUGGUGAGUAAUGCAUUGCGCCGAUCAGUAGGUUGGUUUGUGAUGAUGGAUAAUGAUGAUUGACUCGAUAUGGUUUCAUUCCAUAGUUUCAAUGAACAAGAAAACUAUCUGUUGCAAAAAGUCAGCUGAAUUUUAUGUAUUUCCUACUCAUCGCAUCAACUUCGAGCUAAUCAAGACUUUCUUGUUUGUUGUAGCUGAUGGCGUCAUGAACAUUGGUGUGUAUAGCGAUUCUACCGAGGGUCUGGAUUGUUACUGGGAGUCCAUUUAUAUGGACGAUAUUGCAAUGCCUGGUUCGUUUUGGCUCAAUCCUCCCCAUCCAAAAGAUGAUGAAGGGAACGGUGUGGACGUGUUCUCAGUAAUCAAAUCGUAUGACGACGUUGAGAGAAAACAACAGCAGCAACAAAAGGAAUCAACGCAACAAGCAACAAACGAAGGCUUAGCGGAUGACAUCAAUCCGGAAGAUAAUGAGGGAUAUUUAAGUGCCAUUCUUAUGGACAUGGACCCAUUAUGACACAAUUUCUGUCGUUUUCACCUGGCAUAAUAUAUCGCUACGUCGAAUAGAAGUGUUAUAUUCUCUCCUCUUGAACACACAACACACACUAAAUACCCUUGAAGGAGCACGCCUAAAAGAACGUACGGAGACUUAUAUUGCUUAUGGAAUGCUAUUUUCCUUUUGCAUCUACUGUCCCUAAUUCGUAGAGCCCUUGCGCAAAUAUUGUACAGUUUUGAAAAUUACAAUCCAGUCAAUCUACACCUCCUUGAUUGUGCCGGGUUACAAUGUGACGUGUAAUUAUUCGUUUUUCUUUGCAAAGAAAGAGUGGAUUUGAACACUGCUUUCCUACAUCAUGUUUGAGAAAAUAAGCUGCGGUGACCGACCAUCUGACUCGCGUGUUUCAAAUGAAUCGCCCUCGUUAGGGGCUUCUUCCCAGUACACCUUCAGCAGCAGGAGUACUUGAUCGUCUUUGUACAUCCGUGCAUUGAUGUCUUCGGGCAAGAAUAUCGCCGACUCCACAUUGAUAUCUACUAAGGUAUCGGUUGCCUCAAUAACAUGCUGGGCAACCAAAAUUCCCUCCCUGGCUGCUUUCGGAGAAUUCUGAAAGUCAUCCCCUGUCAAAGAUUCAACUACCCAAUCGUGAUUAUUGGGAAGUCUAUACACUUCGAUGUUUACUGGUAGUAUAUCUUCCACCGCAAGUUCGUCCGAAUCACUCUUGGCUACAUGGUGGAGUCGAAGCGUCACUACCACAUUGUUUUCAGCUUCGGCAGGCCACCGUGAUCGUUUCGGCAGAGCCAUGUUGGUGGGAGUUUCUUGGGUGGUGUCGAAUUCUAAGAGGCCCACGAUGGUUGGAAUUGUUACUUCGUGACCGGGUAAUGUUGACUCUUUGUUCCCGCGUUGCACCCAGAGCGAAUCCUCGUGGCCAUAUGCCUGAACUUUGUGAUUACCGUCUAAAUACAUGUAAGUGUCCCCAACUGGCUCGAAAGUAUACACGUCGGUCAUGAUGGACGUGGGACCCGGCGUUUCGGUAGGGGAGUCUGUUUGCAAGUCAAGGUUUGGCGACGGCGUGUGACGGAUGGUUGGCGAUGGCGUCUUAACGGAAAAUGUGGGCUUUCUCGCAACCGUCGGUGAGGGCGUCGUGUGCAUUGUGGGUUUUGCAGUGGUCGGACUUGUUGAAGGCAUUUCUGUUUCGGGCACAUACGCAUCUUGAUACAGCAUAUGUUCUGUUUCCUCCACCACGGUCGCGGAAAUUAUAACACCAAUCAAAAUACAAACGAGAAUAAUGCACGCGGCAAUCAUUCCAGUUCGUUGGUUCCGGCGACGACGACGUUUGCGCCGACGCUCCGCUUUGGCCGCUGCCUCAUCAAGUCCAUCAAAUCUGACUUUUUCCGACGGGACAGGGAUAUCCUCGAACUUAUCGAUGCCUUCUAAACCAGGCUCGUCCUCGAAAUUAUUAGCGCUGUACAUGAUAAUUGUAUUGUUGUGAUUUCUCUCAUGUCUGAGAGCGAUGUCCUACGUUUCAAGACAAUACAAUCAGCUUCCUGUUGCUGCACAUUGAAGUCAGAGUUUCAUGUUCGCCGUUCCCAUUCGAACCUUACGGUACCGGUACAACCGCAACGGAAAUUACGGAAGGUAGGGGUGGAAGGUCAAAAAAUUGAGUCGUAUCGUUAGAGUCUACGGUGGUACGAAGUACAGUGAGUACAGUUCGGACGAGUUGGGCAUAUGGGUGAUUAUUAGUCAUAAUUGUUCUGUUAGUCUAGGGUCAUAAUAGUUUAGUCAUUAUGUGAACAACAGUCAUUAUUUGAUAUUCGAUAUUAUUGUGCAACUAAAAAUGCAACAUUAGG